CAACACUUCCCCACGUGUGUCCGUACCUCCACGUGGAAACACGCGGUGUGUGAAUUCGCGCUCGCAAAUAGCUUUCACCCUCCCACUUGAACACAAAACACGAGCAGCGAGACACGAUGGGAGGACAGCCGAAGAAGAAGUACACCAGCGGCGAGGCCACGAGUUACAUCACCCGCAACAAAGCUCGCAAGAAGCUCCAACUCAGCCUGCCCGACUUCCGGCGUCUCUGCAUCCUCAAGGGCGUGUACCCUCACGAGCCACGUCACAAGAAGAAAGCGAACAAGGGCUCGACGGCGCCGCGCACCUUCUACCUCGCCAAGGAUGUGCGCUUCCUCUUGCACGAGCCGAUCGUCGCCAAGUUCCGCGAAUACAGGGUGUUUGUGCGGAAGCUGCGCAAGGCGUACGCCAAGACGCAGUGGGGCCGAGUCGACCACCUCAAGUCCACCAAACCCACCUACAAGCUCGAUCACAUCAUCAAGGAGAGGUACCCGACCUUUGUGGAUGCCGUGCGGGACGUGGACGAUGGCCUUUCCAUGUGCUGCCUCUUCUCGUCGUUCCCACGCUCGGGCCGCUGCCACGUGGACUCGGUGCAGCUGUGCCGUCGCCUGUCGCUCGAAUUCCAUGGAUACGUGGUGCAGGCGCGCGCCCUGCGCAAGGUGUUCUUGUCGAUAAAGGGAAUUUACUUUCAGGCUGAGGUUCAGGGCCAGACGGUGACGUGGGUCAUGCCCUAUCCAUACUCGCACAACCACCCCACAGAUGUCGACUACCGCGUCAUGUCCACAUUCACCGAGUUCUACACCUCCCUGCUGGGCUUCAUCAACUACCGCCUCUACCAGAGCCUCAACCUCACCUACCCGCCCCGGGUGGAGGGCUCUGCUGAGGAGACUGCAGGCGGUGUGUAUGCCAUGGACUCGGAAGCACACCUUGAGAGGAUGGCCGCAUUGUCUCAGUCGCUGGCCCGGAUUCCCGGUUCCAGCAGUAACAGUGAGGAGGUGGCCGAGGAGGAGCGUCCAGAUGAGUUCCUCGUUGAAGAAGAAGACCGCGAGUUGUCCGAGCGACGGAAGGCAGACGCCGCUAAACAGGCGGCACUGCGUUCUCUGUUCGAGGGCACGAAGUUUUUCCUGAACAGAGAGAUCCUGCGAGAGAUGUUCACAUUCAUCAUCAGGAGCUUCGGGGGUCAGGUGUCGUGGGACUCGUCCGUGUGCAUCGGGGCAACGUACCCCGAGUCGGAUGAGACUAUCACCCACCAGCUGGUGGAUCGGCCCAAUGCCCCACAGACUUUCAUCAACCGGUGCUACGUGCAGCCGCAGUGGGUGUGCGACUGCGUGAACGCGGGCGUGCUGCUGCCCGUGCAGGACUACUUCCCGGGAGUCUGUCUUCCCCCCCAUCUCUCCCCCUUCGUCGAGGAGAAGGAGGGCGACUACGUUCCCCCGGAGAAACUCAAGCUGCUCGCGCUGCAGAGGGGAGAUACGGGCGCAGAGGAUGAGGAUGAAGAGGAGGAAGUCGAUGACGAUGACGACGACGACGACGACGACGAGGAAGAGGACGAGGUCGACGCCGUGGAAAAGAAACAAGAGAAGAGUUUAAAGAAGGCGGAGCGCAAGAGGAUCGAGAAGAAGGAAGAUGUGCGUGUGACGGACGGGCGCCUGCGCGUGACGGACGAGGUGCGCGUGAGCGCCGAGCAGGACGCUGAAGAGAAGCGCCUGGCGCUCAUGAUGAUGAAGAAACGCGACAAGCACCUCUACGACAAGAUCAUGAAGACGCGCAAACGCAAGCGCAAGGAGGCUAACAAACUGGUGGCCAAGCGAAAAGCCAUUGACGAAUCGGCCAAGGUGGCCAAAAAGCAGAAAACCAAGCAACGCUAAAUGGCUCUUUAGAGCUUUUGCUCUGUGGCCAGACAACAGUUGGACUUCCUCCACAGCCAUUGUAUCAUCGUCAACAUCCAACUGUGCUCAAGUGCAAAGUCUUGGCUCUGUGUAACAUCAUGGCCAAUGUUGAGCCAUCUUCUUGAAAGAGCAGCCACACUUUUUUAAAAAUAAAAAGCAUAAGACUUCACGGCCCUUUGUCCAUCUGCUGUUCCUCUUUGUUUAAGUCAUGGUGGUGUGGGGGGGGGGGGGUCCUUUAACCCAUACUUUGUUGCAGAUUGAAGUGGGGACAGGACUCUUUCGGAUAUCACUUCUACGCCUUGUAGCGGGAAAUCAAACCCACAUCGCCGGGUUCACAACAACACCUUAACCACGGCACAACUGCUCCAUGGAAGGGAAAAAAAAGCACAACAGCAAUUCUGUUACAAAUUCUACCAGGUUGUGAACUGGUGGGAUUGACAUGACAGCCCAUCAUUAUCUCUCUGUUGUUCAGUAAAACAAAGCUAUGUGGGAAGUUUGGCAGCAGUUGUAUGUUCUGAAGACAGACUGGCUCCUACAAUGAGAAUGUGGAAAUUAAACUUGCCUUGUGGCUAUCAACAAAUAUUCACCGUCUGACUUGUUUGAGACAUGAUUGUUUGAGCAGGGAGAGGUUUCAAUUAUCUCGUAUACCACAGACACAUUUACACGUACACAACAAUUUGAGAUGCGUAGCGUGUAUUGGUUUGCACGAAUACGCGGAUUGAUCAAGGAGUUUUGAGAUUGGAAUUAGUUUGAAAACGUUUCCUAGUGCCCCUUCAAUUCUUGGAGGCACCUGUGGUGGAGCUCGUGGUUUAAAUAAUCGUUGGAAUGUCACAAAACCUUCCUUUGUAGAGCAGUGUUUGGCUCUGGGAAUGGAAGAAAAAAAGUCAGAUCAGGAAAAGAUUUGUGAGAGGCUAAGGAUGGGAAUGGCAGUGCUUGGUAAAAAAAAAAAAACUGGUGCACUGAAGGGCUUGUCCACUGGUGCAUUAUUGUGCUUAAAGUUCCACAAUGAACCUUCAUUUAAACAUCGCUUGUGAACACCUCCCAGGUGCUGAAAAAGAGUGAUAGAAUUCCUGGUUCACUUUGCCACUUGGUGAAAUGCACUAAUGCAUCAUAUUCAAAUAAAGUAAUUUGCAGAACCAUCUUUCUCAGCUUUGCAGGAUCAUAAUCGUAGACCCACUUUACAUCGCUUGUGGUGACUGGCAUGAUAUACCGUUGUUUUGCUCGGCUGUCAGAAAGUUAUUACGUUGGAACAUCGUGGUAGACAGUGGUGACUUGUGGACACCUUUAUCCAACAUUGGAUAGACUGGCUGGUAGUGCGAGCCAUACCGUGUCUUCCUCCUCGAAUAGGUUGAUAAAACUUGGCAAUCAUUUGUAACGUGUUUCAAAACUGUUGCUUUUCUGUUCUGCCAUUGGAAAUGGAGAUGCUGAUAUAAUGAGCCAGUAGAGUCCUGCUUUGGGCAUUGUGUUAGCACCUCCCAUCGUGAUCUGGUUCAACUUCACAUCUACAUUCCCAUAAAACAACUUACAAACGUUCUGAUUAAACUUCAUACAACAGCUAAUCCACACUCCUGUGCGUGUGCCGGUUUAAAUAUGGAGAAACGAUUUUAGAAUUUGAAAAAAAUGUUGAAUGACCGAGAAACCUGCACGGUUUGUAUGUAAACUGUAAUGAUGCAUUCGUUAAACAAAUAAAAUCUAUUAUUUCGCUCA